AGGAGUAUUAAUUAUUAAAAAAAAUCGCGUCUAAUUAUAAAUAAAAUAAAACAAACUCAUGUAAAUUUAUAAACAAUUAUAAUUAGUAAUCGUGUUUUAAAUUAAACAAGUCGCUACUGAUUGAAGUGUUUUAAUAAUAAAUUAUACAUUAAAUGCUUAAAAUUCUAAUAGUGUGGUGUCAAAGUCGUGACGUUUAUUUAAUAAAGAGUAUUUUUAAAGUUAUCAAUUUAAAAUAAAAUAAAAUAAAACACAACGAACUGGCAUAAAUUUGUGAAAAUUUUAAUAAAAUUUUAUACAAUUUUAAUUUAUAAAACAUCGAAAUGUACACGAAAAAUAUGCUUUAUUAUAAACUGGUUUCCCCGAUACCUUUGCAAAUAAUUCUGAGGUGACGUCAUGGCUUGGACCAAGGAAUUAGAUGAGGCUGCUAUACUGGCCACCAAAAGAGGCUGGUGGCAUAUUCUCCUCUUUUAUUUGCUGUGCGGAUUGGCUGGAAUACCGACGUCAUUUUUAAUUUUCUCACAGGUGUUCACCAAUGCAUCGCCAGAACACUGGUGUGCUCCUCCCCAAGAAUUAGAGGCUCUAGAGCUACCAGGUGACCUACUUCGAUCUCUCACUGUACCAAGGCAGCAUGACGUCUACGAAGGUUGCAGAGCGUAUAGUGUCGACACACAGGCGUUGUACGAGGCGCUCAGUGACUAUGUGCAUGAAAGUACAAGAUAUGUGUACGAAGGUGGCGGUAUGCGGAUGGUCACAAUCCGUCAAUUGUUGCCAGCUGAAGGCGAAGAGAAACGAAAAAAACAAAUAACAGAAAUAGAAGAAGCAAUUCUAGCAUUAAGAAGUGAGAAUUCUACUGCCUGCAUCAAUGGCUGGCGUUACAGUACAGAACAUUAUGAGAGGACCUUAGUCACUGAGUUUUCCCUGUUUUGUGACAAAGACUGGUUACCAAGAACAGCCAAUACACUUUUCUGGGUCGGAUCUAUAUUUGGAAAUCUCUUCUUUGGAUGGAUGUCUGAUAGGUAUGGUCGUCGCCCUACAAUAUUGCUGAUGAUCCUUCUAGAAGUCCCUUUGACGAUUGCAGCAUCUUUUCCCACUUCGUAUUGGAGUUAUGUAGCUGUAAGGGUUGUCAGUGGAUUGUUUUUCCCAGCACUGUAUCAGCUUCCAUUUGUACUAGCCCUGGAACUUAUGCCACCGCCAAGAAGAACUUAUACUGGUAUCGUCGUUGGAAUGCUGUUUGCUAGCGGCAUGUGCUUAUUAUCUUUACUAGCGUAUAUAUUUAGAGACUGGUUCUACUUAUCACUCGCUACUAGUUUACCUUUUAUCAUUUUAUAUGGUUACUAUUGGCUUAUACCAGAAUCUCCAAGAUGGCUCGUAGGUAGAGGUCGAAUAGCAGAAGCGGAGAAAGUAUUAAAGGAUCUUGCUAGAAAAAACGGUAUAACGCUGCACCGAGGUUUCCUCAUAGAAAUACAUAAAAGAAUAAAAGCAGAGGAGAGUGCGGAAGCAGAACUUACAAUUAGUUCCAAUGCAAAUGGGUAUAUAGGAAAUUAUCAAGAUAAUCCAGACAAAGAUGAAUACAUAGACAGAAGAAUUAGUAAUAUGCUUACAUUCAGACCAGACUUUACUAGGAUUUCAGAAGCAGAGCUAAGUAUUAAAGGAGACAAUAUAGAGAGAAUGAUUGCUCUUGAAGUUGCAGAAAUAGUAAAUAAAAAAGCAAAAUUAAAAAGUAGAGUAAGUGUUAAGGACGAUGAAUUGAAAAAUGAAAAUAUAAAUGAAGAAUCUCAAUUAAAUUCUGAAUUACAACAGAAGUCCACACAGACUGAUGCGUAUACAAAAUCUCCAGCAAGUACACUAAGAAGAAAAUCAAUACAGCUCAUGAAUAAAAUUCUCACUAAAGAUACUGUAGAGGAAGAUAUUAUAGAAAACAAACGAAUGGAUGAACAGAAUUCCGAGGGUGAUUGCAAAGCGUCACUGUUCGAUAUUUUUAGAUAUCCUAAUAUUAGAAAAAAGUUUUUCAUACUGACAUUCAAUUGGGUUGUUUUGGGUGUUGUUUAUAAUAGUUUAAGCUACAAUACCCCUAAUUUAGGUGUGGACGAUUAUUUAGCGUUUUUUAUAGGUGGAGCUGUAGAGUUGCCUUCAUAUUUCAUUGCGUGGGGCUGUAUGGAACGAUUUGGGAGACGAUGGGUUCUCUGUAUCUUUAUGAGUGUAGGCGGUGUGGCUUGUCUUAGCUGUGGUUUGGUUCCUGAAGCAUGGCCUUGGGUAACAGUCACGCUGGCUAUGCUGGGUCGGCUAUGCAUAGCGGCAUCUUUCGCUGUAUUUUACGUUCAGAUUGGGGAGCUUCUACCUACUGUCUUAAGAUCACAGGCUAUGGGAGCUGCGUCGUUUAUAGCAGGACUAGGCUUAUUGGCUUGUCCAUAUAUUGUAUAUUUGUCUGUAUACGCUCGAGCUCUGCCGCUUAUUCUAAUGGGAGUGCUCAGCGUGAUUGGAGGGAUCACAUCGCUCUUUCUACCAGAAACCUUGAAUCAGCCGCUGCCGCAAACGUUAGGCGACGGCGAAAUAUUUGGAAGGAAUUUUAAAUUGUUGAGUUGUGUGCAACCGGCUACCGUUGUUUAGAUUUUAACAUUAAAUAAAAUGAAUUUAUUUUGAUAGAAUGUACGUAGUUUUAGAUGAAAGAGGUAUACAUUUCCCGCAUACAUUCUGCCUCUAUGUCGACGUGCAUAACAACAUGAGAAUGUGCCUUACAUUAUUUGUAUAAAUCAGACCACAUUUACUAGAGGGAGACUUUGUACAAAAGUCGUUUGCUUGGGCACCUCUGUACCAUUCGU